CCCUCCGCCUCCCUUCCCCCUCCCCGCCCAGCAGCGGUCGCUCCGGCCCCUGCUCUCGGUUAUAAGAUGGCGGCGCUGAGCGGCGGCGGCGGCGGCGGCGCGGAGCAGGGCCAGGCUCUGUUCAACGGAGAUAUGGAGCCCGAGGCCGGCGCCGGCGCCGCGGCCUCUUCGGCUGCGGACCCUGCCAUUCCCGAGGAGGUGUGGAAUAUCAAACAAAUGAUUAAGUUGACACAGGAACAUAUAGAAGCCCUAUUGGACAAAUUUGGUGGGGAGCAUAAUCCACCAUCAAUAUAUCUGGAGGCCUAUGAAGAAUACACCAGCAAGCUAGAUGCCCUCCAACAGCGAGAACAACAGUUACUGGAAUCCCUGGGGAAUGGAACUGAUUUUUCUGUUUCUAGCUCUGCAUCAACAGACACCGUUACAUCUUCUUCCUCCUCUAGCCUUUCAGUGCUACCUUCAUCUCUUUCAGUUUUUCAAAAUCCCACAGAUGUAUCACGGAGCAAUCCAAAGUCACCACAAAAACCUAUCGUUAGAGUCUUCCUGCCCAAUAAACAGAGGACAGUGGUACCUGCAAGAUGUGGAGUUACAGUCCGAGACAGUCUAAAGAAAGCUCUGAUGAUGAGAGGUCUAAUCCCAGAGUGCUGUGCUGUUUACAGAAUUCAGGAUGGAGAGAAGAAACCGAUUGGCUGGGACACUGAUAUUUCCUGGCUCACUGGAGAGGAACUACAUGUAGAAGUGUUGGAAAAUGUCCCGCUUACCACACACAACUUUGUACGGAAAACUUUUUUCACCUUAGCAUUUUGUGACUUUUGUCGAAAGCUGCUUUUCCAGGGUUUUCGCUGUCAAACAUGUGGUUAUAAAUUUCACCAGCGUUGUAGUACAGAGGUUCCACUGAUGUGUGUUAAUUAUGACCAACUUGAUUUGCUGUUUGUCUCCAAGUUCUUUGAACACCACCCAAUACCACAGGAGGAGGCCUCCAUAGCAGAGACUGCCCUUACGUCCGGAUCAUCCCCUUCUGCUCCCCCCUCCGAUUCUACUGGGCCCCAAAUCCUCACCAGUCCGUCUCCUUCAAAAUCCAUUCCAAUUCCACAGCCUUUCCGACCAGCAGAUGAAGAUCAUCGAAAUCAAUUUGGACAACGAGACCGGUCCUCAUCAGCUCCAAAUGUGCAUAUAAACACAAUAGAACCUGUCAAUAUCGAUGACUUGAUUAGAGACCAAGGGUUUCGUAGUGACGGAGCCCCUUUGAACGAGCUGAUGCGCUGUCUUCGGAAAUGCCAAUCCCGGACUCCCAGUCCCCUCCUACAUUCUGUCCCCAGUGAAAUAGUGUUUGAUUUUGAGCCUGGCCCAGUGUUCAGAGGAUCCACCACAGGUUUGUCUGCCACCCCCCCUGCCUCAUUGCCUGGCUCACUCACUAAUGUGAAAGCAUUACAGAAAUCUCCAGGACCUCAGCGGGAAAGGAAAUCAUCUUCAUCCUCAGAAGAUAGGAAUCGAAUGAAAACACUUGGUAGGCGGGAUUCAAGCGAUGAUUGGGAGAUUCCUGAUGGGCAGAUCACAGUGGGACAGAGAAUCGGAUCCGGGUCAUUUGGGACAGUCUACAAGGGGAAGUGGCAUGGUGAUGUGGCAGUGAAAAUGUUGAAUGUGACAGCGCCCACACCUCAGCAGUUACAGGCCUUCAAAAAUGAAGUAGGAGUACUCAGGAAAACUCGACAUGUGAAUAUCCUACUUUUCAUGGGCUAUUCAACAAAGCCCCAACUAGCUAUUGUUACCCAGUGGUGUGAGGGCUCCAGCUUAUAUCACCAUCUCCACAUCAUCGAGACCAAAUUUGAGAUGAUCAAGCUUAUAGAUAUUGCACGGCAGACUGCGCAGGGCAUGGAUUACUUACACGCCAAGUCAAUCAUCCACAGAGACCUCAAGAGUAAUAAUAUUUUUCUUCAUGAAGACCUCACAGUAAAAAUAGGUGAUUUUGGUCUAGCCACAGUGAAAUCUCGAUGGAGUGGGUCCCAUCAGUUUGAACAGUUGUCUGGAUCCAUUUUGUGGAUGGCACCAGAAGUGAUCCGAAUGCAAGAUAAAAACCCAUAUAGCUUUCAGUCAGAUGUCUAUGCAUUUGGGAUUGUUCUAUAUGAAUUGAUGACCGGACAGUUACCUUAUUCAAACAUCAACAACAGGGACCAGAUAAUUUUUAUGGUUGGACGAGGAUAUCUUUCUCCAGAUCUCAGUAAGGUACGGAGUAACUGUCCAAAAGCCAUGAAGAGAUUGAUGGCAGAGUGCCUAAAAAAGAAAAGAGAUGAGAGGCCACUCUUUCCCCAAAUUGGCAAUAUCCAGCAUUGGGAACAGUGUUGGGAAGAAAGGUCCAGAAGAAAGUAUAGACUCUUUAACAGUGGUUACCCCUGGAAGAUUCUCGCCUCUAUUGAGCUGCUGGCCCGCUCAUUGCCAAAAAUUCACCGCAGUGCAUCAGAACCCUCCUUGAAUCGGGCUGGCUUCCAAACAGAGGAUUUUAGUCUAUAUGCUUGUGCUUCUCCAAAAACACCCAUCCAGGCAGGGGGAUAUGGAGAAUUUGCAGCCUUCAAGUAGCCACACCAUCAUGGCAACAUCUACUCUUUAUUUCUUAAGUCUUGUGUUCGUACAAUUUGUUAACAUCAAAACACAGUUCUGUUCCUCAAAUCUUUUUUUAAAGAUACAGAAUUUUCAAUGCAUAAGCUGGUGUGGAACAGAAUGGAAUUUCCCAUCCACCAAAAGAGGGAAGAAUGUUUUAGGAACCAGAAUUCUCUGCUGCCAGUGUUUCUUCUUCAACACAAAUACCACGUGCAUACAAGUCUGCCCACUCCCAGGAAGGAAGAGGAGAGAGCCUGAGUUCUGACCUUUUGAUGGUCAGGCAUGAUGGAAAGAAACUGCUGCUACAGCUUGGGAGAUUGGCUGUGGAGAGCCUGCCAGUCAGCUCUGCCCUUCUAACCGCCAGAUCAGAGUGUGGCUGGUCACCUGACGGGGCAGCUGCAAUCGCCAAGCAUCGUUCUCUUUCCUGUUCUGGGAUUUUGUCGCGGAGCUCUUUUCCCUAGUCACCACCGGUUCAUUUCUGAGGGAUGGAACAAAAAUGCAGCAUGGCCUUUCUGUGUGGUGCAUGUCCAGUCUUUGACCAAUUUCUAUCAAGUGAAGCUCUUUUAUUUAAAUGGGGAAUGAGAGGCAAGGAGGAGAUACGAUUUGGUGUAGAGGAAAAGGGAAUGCUGCAUCUUUUUCCUGACCUACUGGGUUUCUGGCCUUUGUUUCCUUGCUCACUGAGGGUGUCUGCCUAACCAAGCAGGCUGGAAAGUGCUGGUACACAUUGCCUUCCUUUCUCACUGGGUCCAGCAAUGAAGACAAGUGUUGGGGAUUUUUUUUUUUUCCUCCACAAUGUAGCAAGUUCUCAGGAAAAUACAGUUGAUAUCUUCCUCCUAAGCUCUUCCAGUCUUCAAGUACUUACGUGGCUACUUUGUCCAGGGCACAAAAUGCCAUGGCAGUAUCUGAUUCAGAGCCUACAAAACUGCUUGAUAACAGUUUUGAAUGUGUGAGACAUUUAUGUAAUUUAAAUGUAAGGUACAAGUCUUAAUUUCUGAGUUUUCUUCUAUUAUAUUUUUAUUAAAAAGAAAAUAAUUUUCAGAUUUAAUUGAAUUGGAAUAAAAGAAUACUUCCCACCAGAAUUAUAUAUCCUGGAAAAUUGUAUUUUUGUUAUAUAAACAACUUUUAAAGAAAGAUCAUUAUCCUUUUCUCUACCUAAAUAUGGGGAGUCUUAGCAUAAUGACAGAUAUUUAUAAUUUUUAAAUUAAUGGUACUUGCUGGAUCCACACUAACAUCUUUGCUAAUAUCUCAUGUUUUCCUCCAACUUCCUCUACACUACAUCCUCCAUCCUCUUUCCAGUCUUUUAUCUAGAAUAUGCAACCUAAAAUAAAAAUGGUGGUGUCUCCAUUCA